UAAAUCCAUUUGCGUGUACGCGGUUUUCAAGUCUUCGCCGUCAAACCCGACCUUCGAUUUCCUUCACCUUAUAUAAACACAUCCUCCUUUGAUUUUCCAUCAACAUCAUCCGUUCACACAUCACGCAUAUUCAUCACAGAGACAUAUAAUAGAAUCCAAGAGAUUUGUGAAUCCAGAAAGAAGUUGAAUCUUUCUCUGUCUCUAAAGCUUUCCGACAUCAGUUCCAAGCUCUCAGGAACAUGGCGCAGAACCAAUCUCCUACCCAGUCCAAGCAAGAGCGAUUCGUGGAGAUACCCUUGAACAUCGAACAAGGCUCAAGAACAAUGGCGAACCAGAGGAAGAAGAACCAGUGGGCUACAAUCAUUAUAUGCAUCGCCUUCGUCAUCAUUGGUCAGUCCAUCGCAAGAAUCCUCGAGAACUUCUACUACGAAGAGACUCACCGUCUCGACUACGACGACCGGCGUCAAUACGACGGCGCGUGGACUCAAUCGCUGCUUCAGAGCGUGGGGUUCCCCCUCCUCAUCCUCCCUUUCCUCCUCUUCCCUUCCAAGAAACAGAGCAACCCUCCUCCCAUUACUAGUGAUCGAUCCUCCGUGAAAUACCUCGCCAUUAUAUAUCCUUGCAUCGGUAUAACAAUGGCGGCUCAUGGAAGACUCACAACCACUGCAAAGCUCAACAUACCCUUUGGAAUCUUCACUCUCAUCUACACCACCCAGCUCUUAUUCACCUCCGUUUUCUCAAGAAUCUUCAACAAAACCAGAUUCAACCGAUGGAUCAUCAUCUCUCUCGCCUUCUCCAUUGCCACCGGAGCUCUCACCCUCUCCUCCUCCUUCGGCGGCGAACCAGACGAAGCAGAGGAGAAUUGGGGAAAGGGUUCGUGGUCGGCGUUGUCCGCCGCCGCUAUCUUCUCCCUCUUGCUCUGCAACGUACAGAACACUUUCGAUUCAGUGAUCUCGAAAAGGGAAGAAGCCAAAAACAGGAAACCCAGCUUCGCCGUAGUGAUGGAGAUGCUGAUACUCGCUUCCCUCGUCGCCUCAGUCAUGUCCGCGGCGGCUCUGCUGAUCUCCGGCGAGCACCACGAUCUGAGGAGAGAGAUGGAGGGUUUCUCCAAGGGAAAAGGUUCGUACGUGUUGGUAAUGGCGGGUCAAGCAGUGGCGUGGCAGAUCUAUUGGGUCGGAAUCGUGGGUUUAGUGUUCGUCGUCUCUUGCGUGUUCUCGAACAUCAUCAGCGUCAUUACAUGGCCCAUUGUGUCGGCUCUUGUGGUUGUCUUCUUCGAUUUCAUGGACGAUGAUUUCGACGCAUUCAAAGGAGCCGCCUUUGCCGCCGCCCUUCUCAGCCUCUCCGCUUAUGUCUACUGGUUGAAGAAAGAGGAUAAGAAGGGUGAUGACGUGGCCACGAACUAGGUUUAAAAUUUUGUUUUUCUUUUAAAUUUGAAAAAAAAAUACGCUAAUUUACUUUGUUUUUAUUUCAUGUUCUCAUUGUUUGUGUAUUGUAGAAAUGUAUAUUCCUUUGUUCAGUAUUUAAUUUGUUUGGUAUUUAUAUGAAGAUAAAUGUGAAAAUGAGUUCGUGUGAA